AUGAGAUUCACACCUCCGAUCUCUCGCUCUCCCUCUGCCUCUCCUGUGUCAUCUCCUUCUCCCGUCUUCCAUACCUGCUCCAAAGAUCGCUCCGGCUCUGACCAUUCGUCAUCUCAGAUCCCUCCAGCUCAUCCAGGUAAGUUGUCAUCCCAACCCAUUUCUCGCCUGCCUCGCUCGUUCCCCUCUUUGCGACUUGCGACGGUGAGGGGCGAAUCCUCUACGAAAACCAGGCUGACGGGCUCUGCCACUCCAACAGCCACUCUACCCGUCUCACAGAAUCAUCCAUCUCGCAACAACAUCGAAAUGUCCGACUCUGUACCUCCCGCCGGCGAGGCUCCCGUAGAGCAUUUGAACAUCAAGGUCACGGACAACAACAACGAGGUCUUCUUCAAGAUCAAGCGCUCCACUCAGCUGAAAAAACUCAUGGAUGCCUUCUGCGACCGCCAAGGCAAGCAGCUGUCUACCGUUCGCUUCCUGUUCGACGGAACCCGUGUGCGCCCCGAAGACACCCCGGACACUUUGGAGAUGGCCGACGGCGACACUCUCGAAGUCCACCAGGAGCAGAUCGGAGGCUAG